GAAUCUAUAAACAUAUCACUUGCAAUUUUAGUUAUUUAGAAAAGAAUCAUGUCUCACAUAGCGGUGGAGAGAAAUAGGAGAAGACAAAUGAAUGAAAAUCUCAAGAUUUUGCGUUCCUUAACCCCUUGUUUCUACAUCAAAAGGGGUGAUCAAGCAUCAAUAAUAGCAGGAGUAAUUGAGUUCAUCAAGGAACUGCACCUUGUUCUACAAUCCCUUGAGGCGAAAAAGCGUCGAAAAAGCCUUAGCCCUAGCCCUGGUCCUAGUACUCCAAGGCCAUUGCAACUAAGUCCAACACCUGAAAGUACAUUUACUAUUAAUAAUAACUUCAAGGAACUUGGAGCAUGUUGCAAUUCUCCAGUGGCUGAUGUUGAAGCAAAAAUAUCUGGAUCAAAUGUUAUGUUGAGAACAAUUUCCAAGAGGAUUCCUGGUCAAAUUGUGAAGAUAAUCAAUGUGUUAGAGAAGCUCUCUUUUGAGAUUCUUCAUCUUAACAUCAGCACCAUGCAGGAUACUGUUCUUUACUCCUUUGUCAUCAAGAUAGGACUGGAGUGCCAACUGAGUGUGGAAGAGCUGGCUGUGGAAGUUCAAAAGAGCUUCUCCUCAACUGAUGUUUUUUGUAUCAAUGAAGUAUAGAAUUUAAACAAGAAAAGAAAUUAGUAUCUCGUUAUGUAUUCCAUCCAGUAUUAUCUUCUAACGCUCUAUUGAUAUAUAUCUUUUUGGAUAUAUAUAAUAAGUGUGAGAAAGAUAAUUUUGGAAUGUAACAAAUAAUUUCCAACAUUUUAAGGUUGGAUUUAGAGAUUUAGUACGUAAAAUCUACAAUUGUAUGACUAGGGGUAUACUGGUGGCAUGGAAGUAUGAACUAGAAAGUUGAGGAUAUAUACUAUAUAUAAGAAAGAUAGACUUUCUCCUUGGUAAGUUGGUAUUCUAUCUUUUUAUAUGUUAAGAGAAGAAAGUAGAUACAUGCAC